AUGUCUGUGCGCCGCCGGCCCGCGCGGCCCGCCGGCCGCCUCCCCUGGCUGCUGUGCUGCGGCGCCCUGCUGUCCCCGGCCGCCGGCUACGUGAUCGUGAGCUCCGUGUCCUGGGCCGUCACCAACGAGGUGGACGAGGAGCUGGACAGCGCCUCCACCGAGGACGCGCUGCCCGCGCUGCUGGAGGACUCGGGCAGCAUCUGGCAGCGCAGCUUCCCGGCCUCCGCGCACAAGGAGGACGCGCACCUGCCGCCCGCCGCCGCCGCCGCCGCCGCCGCCGCCCGCGCCAGGCCGCCCCCCGCGCCGCCGGGGAUGUUCUCCUACCGGCGCCAGGGCGGCCCGAGGCUGCGCCCCGGCACCGCCCGCUUCCUGGCCCACGCCAGCGCCUGGGGCUGUCUGGCCACCGUGUCCGCCCACGAGAAGAUCCCAGGACUGCCGUUUGGGAACUGCCUGCCCAUCAGCGACGGCCCCUUGGACAACAGCACUGGGAUUCCUUUCUUCUAUGUGACACCCAAGGACCCUGCAGUGGCCGAUCUGAUGAAGAACCCCAUGGCCUCCCUCCUGCUGCCAGAAUCAGAAGGAGAGUUCUGCAGAAAAAAUAUCAUUGACCCCGAAGACCCCCGAUGUGCCCGGUUGACACUCACCGGCCAGAUGAUUGCAGUGCCUCCAGAAGAAGUAGAAUUUGCCAAGCAGGCCAUGUUUUCAAGACACCCCGUUAUGAGGAAGUGGCCUCGUCAGUAUGAGUGGUUCUUUAUGAAGAUGAGGAUAGAACAUAUCUGGCUUCAGAAAUGGUAUGGAGGAGUAUCCGACAUUUCGAGGGACGAAUACUUCAGAGCAGUCCCAAGAAAGGCCUGAUGGAGUAAGAAGAAAGUCCUUGGGGUUUGCAGGAAAUGAAAACCUUUGAAGUCACGCUGCCAGACGGCGACUGAUCUGCUUUUUGUCUGGUUGCAGGCUUCAUAGCCGCCCUGUCAUCAUCAUGGCAGAGUGAGGGAGGGUGACCAGGGAACCCUGUGCCAGGCUGGAGAUUAGAGUGCUCGUUUGCAAACCCCCAGUUCCCACAGGCACUCACAUAUUUAGCCUCUGUAUUGUACUCAACCCAGUCUCGCUGACUCGGGAAUCAUCGUUGGUUGUCAAAGUGACCUGUUGAGACAGUUGCUGUUCCAUUCCUUAGGACAAAAAAAAAAAAAAAAAAAAAAAAAAAAAAUUAUGUGCAAUGUGAUUGCAUUGUAUUGUGAGCAUAUUUUCAUUGCUUGCUGUGCCCAAAGCAGUCUGGAUUUGAAGCUCACCGCAACCACAAAGGAACUAGAUAUGCCUCACAUGGCUACAGUCUUGUGUUUGGGGUGAGCACGCAGGGCUGCUUGUCUAUGGAGCACUCAUCAUGCUACUUACUGGACUGCAGAUGCAUUAUGAAGUCACAUUUGCUAGAAUGUAUUAGGCACUUAGGAAGCCUUUGUCCCACUGUAACAUGACAAACUGCAUGAGAACACAGAGUCCUGCGUGCAGCCCCAUUCUGGGUGAGCAGGCCUUGGUAAUUCAUUCUUGAGGCAGGACAGCUUCAGCACCAAACUCCCCAGAUCCCAACUGCUAAUGCUUCUGACAGAUGGUUCCCUUCCCUUAGGCAUGAGGAGUGGCAUCCAAAAUAAGAAGCAUCUCAUUCUGUGGUGUGUAGAGAGGAGAAGGGCAUGGGGGAAGUAGAGAAGGAAGCAAGGACAAUAUACAAGAGGAGGAAUCCAGGAAGUCAGUAAUUGAAGGCACACUCCCUGCCCAGCCUUGGACCAGGCCCUUGGCAGGAUCAUCUCAUGUAAGCCUUACAACCAGUGAGAGUCAUAUCAUUAUUGCCACUUACAGACGAGAAAACUGAGGCUCAGACAGGCUACGUCAGCGUCCCAUGGUCUGACUCCAGAAGCCACUGCUUCUGGUGAAGUGGAACUUAGAUGAUUUCCAAUCUUAAGAACAAGACAAGAGUGUUAUUGAAAUGCAGGGGUGGUCAUUGAAUCAGCAAAAUCGGUAAAGUGAGGAUUAACCUGUCUGUGGCUGAUUUGCCACGGUUAACUACCAAAAUAACAAAAACAAAAACAAAAGUCUCUGAAGUUUUAUUGUUACUACAGAUUAAAAUUUUCUACAAAUUAUAUGCAGGAGCUCCUGGUUUUGCAAGAAACUGCAUUGUACCUGAGCACACAUCUAAGGCCUAUAGAGGGCCUAUGUGUAUAUAUCCAAGACCUCUUACAUUGACCUCUAUAAAGAUCUAGUAGUACCCAGUUUUCUGUCUUUUUAUAAUGGCUAUGAACCCUCUUUGGUGGGUUAGGUAUGUUGUAUAACAUAAAAACACAACACUAUAGGAAAUAAACACUUUUUAAAUAAGUAAAAUGUUAUUGACGGUUAUACUUUUAUUUAAAAAAUUAAGAUAUGAAUAGAGUUUGAGAUGUCAAAAUAUAUUUUAAGUGCCUAUUACUAAAAGCAUAGAAAGAUGCAUGGAAUUCUUUGUCAAAAGCCAAUUAUUGAAAGGGUUCCUAACAAUAGCAAUUUCUAAUAUAUAAGAAUAAGGUAACUUUGAUGGUAUUUUGUAUUUCCAAGUUAAAAAUUAUGGCUACCUUCAAUUUAGAGGUAAGAGGGGAAAACUGGAAGGAUAAACCACAUACUCCAUAAGUCAACCUCAUACCUUAAAUCUUUGAGCAUCACUACCUCCUAGUUCUGUCUUACGAAUAAUGUUCCUAUGCUAAGUUUGCUUUUAUAAUGAGGUUCCACUUAGCUCAUUAACGGCCUCUCUGCUAGCUUCAAGAGGCUUUGCAGUUGUGGGUGCCAUUAAAAAACCACUGCUGAAUGUUACCAGUUAUUUAUCCAAAUUAUAGGGAAUGAAGUCUAAAUAGGUUGGAUGAUAAAGAGUGUUGAAGAUACAUCUGUUUGAGAAUGAUGGGCCCCAUUCAGGACAGUAUGUUUCUGCAAAUCUCUGGAAAUUUACAUUGAUGAAAAUGUUAAAGGCUGUCGUGGAAGUUCCACACAUGGCAAUAAACAAGAAAAAAAAUUAAAUGCAUAUGAUUGGAAAGAAAUAUCUCUGUUUACAAAUGACAGGAUUGUCUACAUAGAAAUUCCAAAGAAUCUACUAAAAAAAACAAAAAAACAAAACUCCCAGAACUAGUGGAUUCAACAAGGUUUCAGGAUACAAGAUCAGCACACAAAAUUUAAUCACUUUUCUAAACACUAACAAUGAACAAAGUGGAGACCAAAAUUAAAAGCACAAUGCCAUUUGUUAUAACUCCAAAGAAAAUAAAUAGGUAUAAAUUUAUCAAAACAUGUACAAGAUCUAUAUGUUAAAAAUUAAAAGAUGUUAAUGAAAGAAAUCAAAGACCUAAAUAAAUGAAGAGAUAUACCAUGUUCAUGGAUUGGAAGACACAAAAUAGCAAGGAUGUCGGUUCUCUCCAGAUUUAGCUAUCGGUUUAAUGCAAUUUCUGUCAAAGUCCCAGCAAAGUUUGUAGACAUAUUCAAGUUUAUUCCAGGAAUUCUAAGACAUAGGCCUUGGAAUAGCUAAAACAGUCUUGUAAAAGAAAAAUAAGUAGGAGAAAUCACUCUAUUCAAUAUAAAAAUUUAUAUGUAACUACAGUAAUCAAGACAGUAUGGCUUUUAUUGCUGGAGGCACAGAUACAUAGAUCAACAGAACAGAGUAGAAAAUCUAGAAAUAGACCCACAUAAAUAUAUUCGGCUGGGUUUUAUAUAAAGAUGCAAAAGUAAUUCAAUGGAGGGAGGAUAGUCUUUUCAGCAAAUAUGUUAAAGCAAUGGGAUAUCCACAGGCAAAUAGAAACCUCAGCCUAAACCCUAUACCUUAUGUAAAAAUUAACUCAAAAUGGAUCAUACUUCUAAACAUAAAAUCUUAAACUGUAAAACUUUAAAAAAAUAGAAAAUUGCAGGGCCUAGGGCUAAGGAAAGAGUCCUUUGAUUUGAUACCUAAAAGCACAAUCCAUAAAGGAAAGUUUGAUAAAUGACUUCAUCAAAGUUUCAAACUUCUGCUCUGAAAAAGACCAUGUUAGGAGAAUGAAAAGACAGGCUACAGACUGAGAGAAAAUAUUUGCAAGUGUAUAUCUGACAAAUGACUAAUACCUAGAAAUAUAUAGAGAACUCACAAAACUCAAUAAUUUUUUUAAAAAAUCCAAUUCAAAAAUAGAGAACAUAUACAAACAUUUCACUGAAGAGGAUAUACACAUGGCAAAUAAGACCAUGAAAAGAUACUCAACAUCAUUGAUCAUUAGGGAAUUGCAAAUUAAAACCACAAUGAGAUACCACUAUGCACCUAUCAAAAUUCCUAACAUAUAGUAACAACACCAAGUAUUAGCAAGGAUACAAAAAAACUGGAUCAGUCAUACGUAGCUGGUGGGAACGUAAAAUGGAACAGCCACUCUGCAAAACCAUUUGGCAGUUUCCUAUAAAUCUAAACAUGCAGCUGCCAUACCACUUAGCAAUUGCACUGUUGGGCAUUUAUCCCAGAGAGAUGAAAACUUAUGUUCACACACAAAAAAUGUCCAUGAAUGUUCAUAGCAGCUUUAUUCAUAAUAUUCAAAAACUGUAAACAACCAGAUGUCCUUUAAUGGGUGGCUGGUUAAACAUGUGAUACAUCCAUGCCCUGGAAUACUACUCAGCAAUAAAAAUAAUCUCUCAUACAAGCAACAACUUGGAUGAAUCGCCAGAGAAUUAUGCUGAGUGAAAAGUCAAUCCCACAGGGUGACAUACUGUACAAUUCAUUUAUACAACAUUUUUUUAUACAACAUUUUGAAAUGCAAAGUUCUAGAAAUGGAGAACAGAUGAGAGGUUGCUAAGGAGGAGUUUGGAGGAGAGAGGUGAGUAAUCGCAGGGAUCCUUACAAUGGAAACAUUCUGUGUCUUGACUGUAUCAAUGUCAAAAUCCUGGUUGUGGUAUGGAAUAGUUUUGCAAGAUAGUACCCUUGGGGGAAACUGGAUAAAAGGCAAACAAUAUCUCUUUGUAUUAUUUUCUACAACUCUAUGUGAAUCUACAAUUUCUGCAGUUAUCUUAGAAUUUGCAAUUAUCUCAGAGUAAAAAGUUUAAUACAAACAAAAUAUAAGGCUUAACGGACUUACUAAGGCAUUUAUGCUAUCUCAUUGGUCCUUAAUGAAAUGAAGAACUCAACUAUGUGCCAAAAUCUAGCAGAACAGACAUUAGUUUUCUUUAGUUAACCAUUAAUGUACGCACUUGUGAAAGAGAAGAUUUGUUUUCUAAAUGUAUUCAAUUUAAUAUUGAAUCCAAAUUAAUAAGAAUUCAACAGAUUCAAAUAAGAUUUUAUGUGGGACACAUAGAAAAGGGAGGCUGUCUUCAAAUUUCUGACAUAAGCAUGUUGAGUAAGCUGUAGGUACUGUAGGAAUCCGAGUCUGUAAAUACUGAUUCUCCCCUGAUUAUAGGAAAGAACUAUACUCCUAGUAACAUUCCUGGAAUAUUCCUAAAUAUUCUGGGAAAGAAGUCUUCUUUUGUUUCUGUGAACAGCUAUAUCCUGACCCCUAUGGUUUUAUUUAUAGUGACUGUACAUAUCCAUGAUGUUGACAUAGGAUAAUUCUGAUGUUACUUGUUUCAAUGUACCUUGUGUAUAUUGACUCAUUAUGAGAGUUAUUUUUUAGUUGAAAUGUAUUUCUGCAAUUUUUCCAGAAAGUCUGUAUUUCAUUUUUAAUGAUUUAUCCAUCAAAUAUGGUCCUGAAAAUAAAGCUUCUCUAGAAUAA